UUUCCUCUCUAUCACACAUCAGACUUUUCCCAGUGGAGCUGGAGAACAGGCUUCAAUGAAAACUGCCUGUUUGCAGCUAUAUGGAGAUUGCAGGCACCACAAUCACUAUUUCCUCCACCUGACCUGGAGCAGAAACUCCAUCAUCAGGAUAGAAAGGUAGCCUUGUUGCCUAGCAAAGGUGGGAUGAUUUAUCUCUGUCUCUAGAUUGGUCCCUUUUCCUCGCUGCACAAGAGAAUUGUUUUCAGACUUCCAAGGAGAAUGAAGCCAGGCUAGAAAUCACAGUGGAUGUGUGAGAGCUGCUCUCCCAGGGAAGGGAAGGAGUCACAGGUUUUCUGUGCUUUUUGUUUCUGUGCAGCUCAGGACAAUGGUUUUAUCUGCCCCAAUUAUAGCCCUUGGGGCUACCUUAGGGACUGCAACUAGCAUCCUUGCACUCUGUGGUCUCACCUGCUUCUGCAAAUGCAAGCAACCUGGGAAAGGACUCUCAGAAAAGGACCAAGAUGAGGACGUGGAAAAUACUAAGCCCAGUGUGCUUCAGCCAGCCCAACAAUUCAACGUUAAGAAAACGGCAGAGCCAGUCCAGCCUCGACCACUUCUGAAGUUUCCCAACAUUUAUGGCCCCAAACCAGCGGUAACUUCACCUGAAAUUGUUAACUACACACAGUACUCCUUGAAGACAACAGAAGAACCAGUUACUGGAAAACAUACUGUUUUGGAUGAGAACAGGAUGAAGAUACAAGUCAAUGAAGAGCUUUUUGUUCUCCCUCAAAACGUUUCAGGUGUGGUAAAAGAUGUGUGUGUCACGGAGCACUUGAACCCCGAGAGGGCAGCCAGUUGUAACCAGGUCCCUGAACUGCGAUACUCCCUCACGUAUGAUCAACAAAAAGCUGAGCUGUGUGUGGCCCUUCUGGAAGCUAUGCAUGGCAGAAUGAGUGGUGACCAGGAUGCUGGCUGCCAUUGCUACAUACUGGGCACGCUGGUGAGCAAGUCUGGCAUUGCUGAAGCCCAGACAGAGCUGAAGAAGAAGGUGCUUCACACCCUCUGGGAGGAGGUCUUGCGGUUCCCUUUAACCGAGGAAGAGAUGCCAGAGGGGACACUGACUCUCACCCUGAGAAACUGCGACAAGUUCUCCCGACACAGCAUUGUGGGGGAACUCAAACUGAGCCUUGCUGACAUAGAGAACUCCUUUGGGAUGGCCCAGUGGGAAAGGCUAAAGAUGCCAGAGAAGGAGCCAUCUACAGGCCAUGGAGAGGUUCUGCUGUCUAUCAGCUACCUGCCAGCAGCUAACCGCCUGCUUGUGGUGAUUAUUAAGGCUAAAAAUCUCCAUUCCAAGCAGCUGAAAGAUCUACUAGGAAAUGAUGUUUCUGUCAAGGUGACACUGAGGCAUCAGUCCUUGAAGCUGAAGAAGAAGCAGACCAAACGUGCAAAACACAAGAUCAACCCUGUCUGGAACGAGAUGAUCAUGUUUGAGGUGCCUCAUGAGCUGCUGCGUGCCUCCAGUGUGGAGCUGGAAAUGCUGAGCCAGGAUGCUGCUGGCCAGAGCCAUGUGCUCGGCAAGUGCAGCCUGGGCUUGCACGUCACAGGAACAGAGAGGAACCACUGGGAAGAAAUGCUGAGAAAUCCCAGGAGACAAAUUGCCAUGUGGCACCAGCUCCACAUGUAGGUACACCAAGAUUACCGCCAACCAGAUUUCCACCAAGCCUCUGAGUAUGGAGGAAUAAGCUGCAUUUCACCUUCCACCUUCCCAUCCACAAAGUGGCAUGGCACAGCAUUCUUCUUAGGCCACCCUCCCUGAUUUCCUGCCAAAAGAAUGCCUCAUGAUAGCCCAGGGAAUUGUCUGGAAAACGUAUUUAGAGGACAAUCUCUCACCCAAUCAAGUGGUCCUCUGAAACAGGGGCUUGGCUGUCUAGAUGGUUUGAAUUACUUUUAUUAUCCUGCCCAUUGUCAUUUCUGUGAGGUCCCUGUUUCUGUAGAGGAGCAGAGGGAAGCAGAGGAAUCAUGGAAAUUUAAGCUGCUCCUCGGCACCUGGCACUUUUACCCAAGUUCCUGGUGAGGGCUGGCUCCAUUAUUACAAACAUGCAGCAGCCAUUUUGCCAGCCACUGUUUUUCAUGUUUUAUAAGAUCUUAAGAAAUGAAGAUCACAACAUUAAUGUUGACUUCUGACCCAAAGUAGUAGUGUGAAGGAAAGAGAGAAGCCAUGUGGAAGCAUAGACCAAUUUACAGUAGAUGGAUAUCUAGAAAUAGAGAAAACAGAGGAAGAAGAGAGACAGUCAAUACUAUCAUCCUGUGUAACCUUUGAAGCAAACACUGCCAAAUAAGAAGUCAAAUACUUUCCUUCACUUUUGUCUCCUAGGGUGUCCGAUAUCUUAGAUUUAAGAUUCAUAAAAAUUGCUGAAAGCACUAAUGUUUCAUGAUCCUAUGACAGAAUACCCGUUUUUUCUGUCUUUCUAUAAUGUCACCCAGGAAGACCCUAAACAUGGACAAACAGUUAUUGUGGAUGUUACCUCCAAAAUCUUGGAUCAAAUCCUUCUUCUUACUGACAUUUUUUCUGUUUGGGAAUUUCUGAUCUGGAAAAGUCUCAAAUAUACUAAUUAUAAUCCAGGCAGCAUCUAAGACUAGACAAAAUAAGUGGGAUCAUUUCAUACCUUAGCAGAUGAUUGAUGGUUUUGGUUUGACAGUUAACUAUGACUCUCAAAUCCUCAUACCAGCAUUACUUGAAGAGAACCCUUAAGAGCUGCCAUGUAUUUCAUCACUUCCAGACAGAAGGAAUUCACUGACCAGACAGACUCUCUAGGGCUGUUUUUUUUUUGUGUGCACUUUCAAGAUUUGACGUGGCUUAAAUGUUACUGUUUACUCUCCUUUUAUUGUCUAGAUGGACUGAAAAGCUGGAAUUGGCAGCAAUGAUGUUAUGACCUCAAAUGCACACUGCUUGUUCUACCACUUUGUUUCAAGUAGUAGACACAGCUUUGAGGGACAUGCAUGGGGACAAGACAUCUAAAAAUCUGAGAACAGAAUCAUAUGGUUUGUAGCACUGAAAAACUCUGAGAACUUUUUUUUUUUUUUUUCCCCCCAAGGGUCAGCUUGACCCUCUAUUUAUUUCAAAACAUUAAGCUAGGCUUUAUCUAGAAUCCAUCCCAUUUUGCUGGUUUAGUCAAACAGGUCAAGCAAAUUGUCAU